AAAUGAAAUUUUGCUCUGUACUUCAUCACCAUGGAUUUCCUAGUAUUCGCUAUGAUAGCCUUAUCAGUAAAAUCAUUACUAGACCAGACGUCAUCGAUUAUAUUGAACGGUUUAGGACCCCGAAUAAGCCAAACAGGGAGUCGCUACUACAACUCUAAAAGGUACUUCUGUGCAGCCGAAAUGGUUGUCGAACUCCCAAAAGGAUUCGAGGAACAUUUUAGGUUCGCAUCAUAUAAUCGCAUCGACCGAGUAAAACUUUUGGAAUCCACUGGCGGUAAAUAUGGGCACAUUUUCGGGGAUAACCUAAUGCGCAAUGAUGACUUCCAUAUGCAAAUGUAUGUCAACACUACAAGCAGAUUGGCGCAAAUAAAGGGUUUGGAACCACAUAUAGUGCGUAUCAACAGUGACAAUUUCGAUGACGCAAUUUGUUUCGUCCCUCAGCGUGAUUAUAUAACCGAAUACGUGCACAUCGUGGAUGUGGGCUCACUAUGCUGUGGUCACAAAGGAGUGUGGCAUGGAGGAGUUACCAGUGCACUGUUUGAUAAUGCCUUUGGUAUCCUUGGUUGUACGAUAUUGCGUAUGGCUGUCACCAAGUACCUCAAUAUACAGUUCAAGGCACCUAUCAUGGUUGGGGACUCUGUAGCUUUAAUUGUAAGCUUUGACCCUAAGGAUAUGACCAGUGAGAAAAAGGACCGCUUUGUGGCAAGAGGUAGGAUGGUAAACCAGAAGGGUGUAGUGGUUGCCACUGGUGAAUCAGAACUUGUCGACGUCUGGGAGAGGUGGCAGAAGAAUUCACAGAAGGCCCAAAAUAGUGGUUAGAGUUGCCAUAUUUAAUGCUAAAGCAUAUAGAAAUAUCUAUCCAGACGCUGCGAUACUUUUUUCCAGUGUCAUGGCAAUUUGAAAAUCAUGGUUGAUUUUGUGAGGAUAUAGAUCUCACAAAGAGCUUGCAAAAAGAUUAGAUAAUGCUGAAAACGCUAUUAUACUUUCUUUUACACAUUUCUGGAAGUGCUACAACGGCACUGGUUACCCGAAUUUGGAGUCUAAGCACCGUAUCGUUGUUUUCUGACGCCUCUGGGCACUGAAAACAUUGUCUAGGUCAUACUACGAGCUUAAUUAAGUACCGGUUAUGGCAAACAUCAGGCAGUAUCCUGUAAC